AUGGGAAGCACGCGGGACAUGGGAGUGGGUGAGAGGAGGAGGAGGCGGCUGAUGCUGCAGCUGAACUCACACCACCCCCUCAACCUCCCCCCCACAUUAGCAGCAGCGGAACAGGGAGAGGGAGGAGAAGGGGGACGGGCAGCGCGCGGGGCAGCAGUGCGGAGGGCAGAGGCGCGCGGGGCAACGAGGUGCAGAGGGCAGCAGCGCGCAGGGCAGAGGCGCGCAGGGCAGCCGCGCGCAGGGCAGCGGCGCGCGCGGGGCAGCGGCGCGCAGGGCAACGAGGCGCGCGGGGCAGCAGCGCGCGGGGGGCAGCAGGGCAGCAGGGCGCGCGGGCAGCAGGGCGCGCGGGGCGCGGGGCAGCAGAGCGCGCGGGGCGCGGGGCAGCAGGGCGCGCGGGGCGCGCGGGCAGCAGGGCGUGCGGGGCGCGGGGCAGCAGGGCGCGCGGGGCGCACGGGGCAGCAGGGCGUGCGCGGCGCGAAGGGCAGCAGGGCGUGCGUGGCGCACAUGGCAGCAGGACGCCCGCAACGCACGGGGCAGUGGGGCGCGCGUCAGAAGGGCGCGCACCGGGCAGAAAACCGACCCGCGCUACGUGUGCGCGAUGGGCAGAAUAUGACGCGCGCUAGGGGCGCGUGA